GCGUCGGCCGGCUAAAUUCUAUAAGUACGGGUCCGUGGCGGGACGCAGGAUCAUUUGUGGUCGGGGCGCGGGCGCGAGUGAAUCUCCCAUGGUCAGCUGCAACCCUUCUGGGGAGGGACGUGAACAGUGACAUGUCGUCCUCAUCGGUCUCGUGCCGCCGCGUUCCAGGACGCCCACGCCAGUGAUCCGCUUACAGCAGCCGGAAUUAUUUUUUUUUUCAAAUCUUUCGGCCGAGCGAAGAGGGCUGUGACAGUACUAAGAUGAAGAAGAUCUUGGUUGCAGUGCUGCUGACCGGACUGUCGCUUGGUCCCGCAGAAUACGGUUCGCAAGUCGUCGUCGGACAAGAAUGGCAGACCCAUCUGAAUCAAAAUGAUGCAUUCGGGUACCUCACUCGAGGGCUCAGGGCCUUCGCCGCCUCUUCCAGCAGUAGCAGCAGCUCUAGCAGCUCUAGCAGCAGCGGCGGUGGCAGCAGCUCGUCUUCCUCAAGUUCCUCGUCUUCUAGUGCAAGUGGCGGCGGAUAUGGCGGGUCCGGGUCGUCCAGCAAGGCUGCGAGUGAGGCGUCUAGCAUGAGCGGUGCCGCUGGUCACGGAGGGGGCCCGGGCUACGACUCACUCUCGCCACCACACGGCGGAUCGGGGGCUUCCUCUGGAUCAAGCAGCUCUGCCUCGUCUUCGUCUGGCGCCUACGGCGGAGGCGGUGGGUAUGCCCCCGCAGCGCCCGCCCCAGCUCCAGCACCCGCCCCAGCUCCCGCCCCCGCUCCACCACCUACUUACGGCGGAUCUGGCGCGUCCGCCGGAUCAAGCAGCUCCGCCGGGUCUACAUCAGGCGCCUACGGCGGGUGCGGGAGGCGGCGGAUACGCGCCUGCGCCGCCCGCCCCAGCUCCCCCUCCCGCUCCAUCGCCAACGUACGGCGGAUCUGGGGCGUCCUCAGGAUCUAGCAGCUCCGCCACGUCCUCGUCGGGCGCCUACGGCGGGGGUGGUGCCGGAGGUGGAGGGGCAGGUGGUGGGUAUGCCCCUGCAGCGCCUGCCCCAGCUCCCCCUCCCGCUCCAUCGCCAACGUACGGCGGAUCU